GGGAGGGGCCGAGUUCCGAGUCACUGGGAGGGGGGCGUGGCCCCGCGCUAAGGGCGGUGUCUCUCCGAGCGGAGAAGGCGAGAUGGCCGGAACGCUGACCGCAGGGUUGGGAGGGCCCAGCGGCUCCCCAGCGACUAGGCGAGGGGCGGGCCCUCGUCUCGUCGGCCCCGGGGCCUGGCGGGAUCGCCUGGGUGGGGACGGGGUCUGGCGCCCAGGGGGCGGAGCCUGGCCUGGAGAAUCGGCAGGUGGCAAGCGCGGCCCGGGCGAGGCUCCACCCCCCCCAGGCUCAGGGGCGGGGCCUCGCUGAGACCCUCCAUCCCCCACCCCGAGGCGGUGGGAGCGCUCUGUCGGUGACCCCUGGGCCCCCCUGGCUCCCGCAGGAGGAUGCUGGUGGUGGAGGUGGCGAACGGCCGCUCCCUGGUAUGGGGAGCCGAGGCGGUGCAGGCACUGCGGGAGCGUCUGGGAGUGGGGGGCCGCACGGUGGGUGCCCUGCCCCGCGGGCCCCGCCAGAACUCGCGCCUGGGCCUCCCGCUGCUGCUGAUGCCCGAAGAGGCGCGGCUUCUGGCCGAGAUCGGCGCCGUGACCCUGGUCAGCGCCCCGCGCCCGGAUCCGCGCCAACACAGCCUGGCCCUGGCAUCCUUCAAACGCCAGCAAGAGCAGGGCUUCCAGGAGCAAAGCGCCCUGGCAGCCGAGGCCCGUGAGACUCGUCGUCAGGAGCUCCUAGAGAAGAUUGCGGAGGGCCAGGCUGCGAAGAAGCAGAAGCUAGAACAGGAAUCGGAGGCCAGCGAGAGCCAGGAGGCCGGUGCGAACCCGGAUGCUGCAGAGAGUGAGGCCAGCGCUAGCCAGGCUCUUGGAGAGCCCGAGGAAGCAGGUUCCUCUUCUCCCCAGCCAGGGCCUUCAAAUGGGGUGGUCCCCUUGCCCAGGUCCGCCCUGCUGGUCCAGCUGGCCACUGCUAGGCCUCGACCCAUCAAGGCUAGGCCCCUGGAUUGGCGUGUCCAGUCCAAAGACUGGCCCCAUGCUGGUCGUCCUGCCCAUGAGCUUCGCUACAGCAUCUACAGAGACCUGUGGGAACGAGGCUUCUUCCUCAGUGCUGCUGGCAAGUUCGGGGGUGACUUCCUGGUCUAUCCUGCCUCUGAAACCCAUGGAAGGACAGCAACACUUGGGAACCCAAGCCUGUUUGGAGGGCAGCUUAGCAAAUUUGAUUAAGCACUUUCUUUGAUCCGGAAGUUUCACUUAGAUACGUGCACAAAACAUACAGGAAGUCGUCACUGCAGGAUUCUUUACAGUAGCAAAAUAUCAGAAAGCAACCAGAAUGAUUAAUAGGUUAGCGGUUACACAUUGGUGUUAGUUGUGAGAAAUUGAUGUAGGUUCACGUACAUUUACGAAAAAAUGACCAAAGGGGAAGGAAAAAAAAGAACCACUUGUUGAAAACAGGUAUGGUAGAAGUGCAUUAUGUUUUAUGUUGUCAUGGAGUUAUACACACAUUAUUUAAGUAGCCUUAAAAGUCAUGACUCUAGGGGCACCUGGCUGGCUCAGUUGGUGGAGCAUGCUACUCUUGUUCUCAGGGUUGUAGGUUCAAGCCUCACGUUGGGUGUAGAGAUUACUUAAAAUAUAUAUAUAUAUGGCUCUAGUAAAAGAACAUGAGAAGAACUUAGAAUGGAGUACUGACUAGAAAGUAAGUAGCAAGUGGAAAAAGGCCUGAAAGCACGUACUCCAGCCCAAGUACAGUGGUUACCUCUGGGAGGGUGUAGGUAAAGGAGACUUUCAAUGUAUGUUACAUUUUGAACUUGUAGUAUGAGUGCCUUUAUUGUUUAACUAAAAGGUUGAAAAAGUAAGUCUGCAGGAAAAUCACCUUUUUUGUUCCUCCUGAGAACAUAGAAGGAUAGAAGCACCAGAUAAGUAGUCAGAUCUUAGCUGUUGGUUGGAGACCGAUGGAGUCUUCUGCAGAUGAGCCAAGAGCCUUCAUCUCUUCUCAGACCAAACACUCAACUAA